AUGUCGCCAACCUCAGGAGAUGACGAAAUCAACCCCGACCCUAAUUCUAAAUCCGUAUCCAAUCCCGUACGACUCUACGGCAGUAAUGAGGAUAUGACGACAGUGUGCUUGAAGAGACGACGGGAAUAUGCGCAUUGCUUUGCUCAAACGGCUCUUGGUGUCAUUGAAAGAGACUACGAGCUGCUCAGUAUGAGCCAAGAUUCCCAGACUGGUUUAGCUGACACCAUCAAAGCCUUUGAACGAGUACCGUUUCAUCCAAAACUGGAAGUGCCCCUGGAAGGCGUUGUUACAUUGUCAAUGCUUAGUAUUUAUGAGUACGCACAGCGGGGAAACAUUGAUGACAUGCUUCAACGGGCUAACCAGGCGCUUGCACUGGCUAUGAGUAUGGCACUACAUGAAGCGGUAGAGGAAGAACAGUAUGCAGACUCUAAACGGAGGGUUUGGUGGAUGACGUCUCCGGCCUUCGACCUUUAUGAUCCGUGGUUUGUAACUCCAUAUCCGGAGGGGUGGAAGCUUGUCGUCGAGGCCCAACAGGUUCUUGUCGAAUCUGCCGUAUUCGCCAGUGACCUUGAUAGGACCAUGCAUGAGGCUGAUGACGCAUCAUGGGUUUCGAAACGCAUGGAGGAGCUUGACAGGCAGAUAUCUGGUAACUCAGCUAACAGUACAGGGCACGGAUCAAACUGCACCGACUAUGUAUCGAUACCUGCGGACAGUAAUUCUCGGAUGGAUAUGCCGUUGGAAAUGAGCAACGGUCCUAGCUUGGUUGAAGACUUGUCGCUAAUGUCUCAGAUUCACAAGCUUCAGAUGCCGUUUACCAGUGAGGAGUCAUCAAAAGUCUGCCUGCAUGCGGCACUCAACAUUGUCACGUUGCUUGAUAACCUUCUCUACCCGAAUCACACCAGCGACAUCCUGGCUAAUACACAAUACGCCCGCGGAGGGUCUGGUAGUGAACUCCCUCGAACCAUGCCAACCGUAGUAUGCUGCGGAGUGCAGUCCAGCUAUGCAAUGCUGAUGCUGGGUCUCAAAGCACGAGCUAUCCAACACACCGCGCCCGACGACAUCAAUGCUCUGGAUACCACCCCUUUAUCCGACUUUCGGAAGGAGCUAUAUCAUAACUUACGGCUGAUAGUCAAGUUCCUAGAGAAUUACUCUAUCGCAUUUGAAGCUAUCCAGGGGAUAAGUGCCUUUAGCGACAUAGAUGAUUGGAUAAUCCGAUUCGUUCAUCCCCUUGUCCUUACUUCAUCCAAUGUGCUACCACACACCGACAGUGACUACAGUGAAAAACUACGUCGGCAUCCCCAUUGCCUGCAACCAGCGAGGGAGUAUGCGUUGAACUCCUCCCUCGAGAUUACUGCAAGGUAUCCAACCGAGCUUCUUGUCCGGUGA